AUGUUUUUACGAAAAAUUUCUGGGAUAUUCCCAGCAGGAUUUGGAUUACGUCUUUCUCAGAAAUUCAUAUUUCUUUUAUUUUUGUCUGGAUUUAUUACACUUUGCUUUGGGACAUUAUUUCUGUUACCAGAUACAUCAAAAUUGAAAAGAAUAUUUCUGUCUGGAACACAGACUCACAGUAUUUACUAUGGUAAGAAACUAAACAAGAAAACUGUGGAUGACCAAAAGACAUUAUUACGGAAUUUACACCACGAUAAGUGGAAAUCCAAAGACAAAUAUGAGGAAGUAGUAGAUCCAUUAAGAUAUAAAAAGAAAGAAGAAAAUAUUUUAAGUGAAAAACACUUUUUGCAGAACAAAUUUGAUACAGCUGCAGGAAAAGCCAAAAAGGAGUUUUUUAUGGGUCACAAGAAUCAAUCUGAUUUUGUAUUUGAUUAUGUUGCGUUUCAAAGAACUCUUAAAUAUCCACCGUUGGGUAACAGACAUGAAGCAAAAGAUUCAGAAACCGAGGUGAAAAGGAAGAAAGUAAAAGAGUACUGCUUCAACACCAAAAGAGCAGGCCUUUCUCUUUCAAAUGAGAGGUCUUGGAUCUUUGUAGCUACUGUCACAGUAUUGUAUGUUCUUGCUUUGUAUCGCCUACAGAUGAUGCAGUUUGCUUGGUAUAAUUACAAGCAGUAUGCUUGGGGCGAAAAUGAGCUGCGUCCUCUUACUAAAGAUGGUCAUUUUGGAAGUCUUUUUGGUGGACUGAAAGGAGCUUCAAUUGUAGAUGCUUUGGAUACACUUUAUAUCAUGGAAUUGAAUGAAGAGUUUGAGGAUGCUCAAAAAUGGAUUGAGAACAGCCUUGAUUUAAAUGUGAAUGGCGAAGCUUCAUUAUUUGAAGUUAAUAUCCGUUACAUUGGAGGACUGCUUUCAGCCUACUACUUGUCUGGAAAAGAGAUUUUCAGAGAAAAAGCUAUAAACCUUGGAAUGAAACUACUGCCAGCAUUCAGCACUCCUACUGGAAUCCCACGUGGGAUUAUUAACCUUGGAAACUGGGGUUGGGCCUCAGCAGGAAGCAGCAUUUUAGCUGAAUUUGGCACCUUACACUUAGAAUUUAUACAUCUCAGUGAGAUAUCUGGAAAAUCAGUGUUUAUGGAAAAGGUGACUACGAUCCGGAAAAUUUUAAACAAAAUCGAGAAGCCUCAAGGACUUUAUCCUAAUUAUUUUAGCCCAGUCAGCGGAAACUGGGUUCAACAUCACGUAUCUCUUGGAGGACUUGGUGACAGCUUCUAUGAAUAUUUAAUUAAAUCAUGGCUGAUGUCAGCAAGGCAAGAUAAUGAAGCUAAGGGAAUGUACUAUGAAGCAUUAGAGGCAAUAGAAACACAUCUGAUCAAAAAAUCUGUAGGAGGCCUCACAUACAUUGCUGAGUGGAGAGGUGGUAUUCUGGAUCACAAGAUGGGACAUCUGACCUGCUUUGCUGCAGGAAUGUUGGCGCUUGGAGCAAAUGAUGCACAAGCAAAGAAGAAGGAGUAUUACAUGGAGUUAGCAGCAGAGAUCGCCAACACAUGCCAUGAAUCAUAUCUACGUACAGAGACAAAGCUGGGACCUGAGGUUUUCCGAUUUGACUCUGGAGCUGAAGCGACAUCAACUCGAUUAAGUGAAAGAUAUUACUUGCUACGCCCAGAAGUGGUUGAAAGUUAUUUGUACCUUUGGCGGUUAACACAUAAUCCCAAAUACAGAGAAUGGGGAUGGGAGAUUGUACAGGCACUGGAAAAGUAUUGUAAGACAGAAACUGGAUAUUCGGGAAUUAAAGAUGUUUACGUCACAAGUCCUAAGUAUGAUAAUGUCCAGCAAAGUUUUUUCAUGUCAGAAACAUUGAAAUACCUCUACCUGCUGUUUUCAGAAGAUGAUCUGCUAUCAUUAGAAGACUGGGUAUUUAAUACAGAAGCACAUCCUCUACCGAUAACUCAUCAAAGAUCUAUGUGAAGCACAAAGAAGAAGUGAAAAAAAUGUUUAGUUUCUUUUUAUCCAAAGCUGACAUUUUUAUACAAAAAAAAAUCUAUUUUGUGAGAUCAUUUCAGAUACCAGUAAUAAACAAAUGAAAGAUUAUGUAAAAAUCAUGUAAUUUGUGAAAUUUAGUAAACAAAAAAAAAAAAAAAAAAAAUGGUGGCCUUUUGCAGAAAAUUCUGCAUUUUCUUUUCUUAAAGAGAAAAACUACACAGGGGACUAUGCAUAAACCAUUCAAGUUGAAUAAAAAAUGUGCAACUUAUUUAGGGUUGCCGCCUAUUCUGGAAAAAAAAAUGGUUGCAACCCGAAGCCCAUUAUGCACAUGGAUUGUAUGUGUUAGUCUGCAUUUGCUUUCUUAUUUUGUUGUAGCAGUGAGGAAUAUGGGUUAACAGCACAUUUCGCCAGCGCUAUGUUUUUUCAUCAGCCCUAUCUUACAUACCAUAUUUAUUUUUGCUUUAAAUUCUCUAUAAAGCCAGUAAAUAAGAGCUGUGUUAGAGGGACAUAAACCAUUUUUUAACCCUUUCCUGAUGGGACUUAUUUGUAUAAACAAAUAAGUAAAAAUUGAAAUUACGUGAUCGUUCAUGCGAUCGGUAAUUUCAAUGAUGGGAUCGGGUCAGGGGGGAGUGCCUAUGAUGCUCGGCACGCCCUCCAGCCCGCAAUGCCAUUUAGCAAGCAGCUAUGGCUUCAGGACAGCCAAACAGCACUAAAGUCCAGCGCAGUUAGGACGGCAUGGAACGUCCUAAUGGCAGGAAGGGGUUAAAUUCCAAAUUAUGCAUAGUAAAUAAAAGGGAUGAUGGUCAAAACUGAAAUGUACAUUAGUUUAUUUCUAUUCUAAAUAUAACAUUUUUAUAAUAUGUAUUAGCCAAAAUGCUUGUGGUAAAACGUAGGACUUUUUCUGCAGUACAUGCCACAUGCUACACAUUUAAUCACUGUGCAAGCUAACAGCACAAGCACUUUCAUGUAACAUGUCAGCCAUGAUUAAUUUGUGUCAUGUGAGCUACUACAGCCUCUCUGAGCUGGUGUGGUGCUGGAAGGCUGAGGCAUGGAGCAAGCACAACAUAUGUGCCGCUGAAACAGUAAUAACUUUAGCUAGAAGCAUUUUUAAUUUUUUGGCUAAAAGAAAUAUGUUGAAAAAAUGAUUCUAUUUAAAAUAAAAUGAACUCAUGCCACUUUUAAUUUUGAA